UCUCACCCUUAUCUCUAAAAUGAAAGGGUUGGGAUGCAAAAUCUCUAGGGCUCUUUCUAGCCCUAAACCUGUGUUUCUAUAAUAAUCUAUCCUGUUUCUUGGGGGUGAACUAUUUGGUUUCUCUAGGAUUGCUGAGCCUCCUAAGCAACCCAUUACCGAUGAAGAUGAUGAUGUGGCUGAAGAAAGACAAAGAAUUCUUAGUGGAAGCAAUAAAACGGAUAUCUUGAGGCUACAUGAGCUCACCAAGAUUUAUUCAGGCACCACAAGCCCAGCAGUGGACAGGCUGUGUAUUGGGGUUCGCCCUGGAGAGUGCUUUGGUCUCUUGGGAGUGAAUGGUGCUGGCAAAACAACCACAUUCAAGAUGCUCACUGGAGACAUCUCAGUGACAUCAGGAGAUGCCAUUGUGGCAGGAAAUAGCAUUUUAACCCAAAUUUCUGAAGUCCACCAAAAUAUGGGCUAUUGCCCUCAGUUUGAUGCUAUCGAUGACCUGCUAACUGGCCGAGAACAUCUGUAUCUCUAUGCCCGGCUCCGGGGUGUUCCAACGGAUGAUAUCAAGAGGGUAGCAAACUGGUGCAUUCAGAGCCUGGGUCUCUCUCCCUUUGCAGACCACCUGGUUGGCACCUACAGUGGGGGUUAUAAACGGAAGCUCUCCACAGCCAUUGCUCUGAUUGGCUGUCCACCCCUGGUGUUGCUGGACGAGCCCACCACGGGGAUGGACCCGCAGUCCCGGCGGCUGCUCUGGAACACCAUCGUGGGCAUCAUCCGGGACGGGCGAGCCGUGGUCCUGACGUCGCACAGCAUGGAAGAAUGCGAAGCCCUGUGCACGCGGCUGGCCAUCAUGGUGAGAGGGACCUUCCAGUGCCUGGGCACUAUCCAGCACCUCAAAUACAAGUUUGGGGACGGCUACAUUGUCACCAUGAAAAUCAAGCCCCCGAAGGUGGGUCUGCUUCCAGACCUGAACCCAGCAGAGCAGUUCUUACAAGCCAACUUCCCGGGCAGCGUCCAGAGGGAGAGGCACUACAACAUGCUCCAGUAUCGCAUCUCCUCCUCCUCGCUAGCCAGGAUCUUCCAGCUGCUCAUUUCCAACAAGGACAGCCUGUACAUUGAAGAAUAUUCAGUCACGCAGACCACACUGGACCAAGUGUUUGUGAACUUUGCUAAACAGCAGACUGAAGAGGAUGACCUUCCCUUACAUCCCCGUGCAGCUGGAGCCAUCACAGAUGCCAAGGUAGCCCCAGCUCCUCCCUCCCGGGAUGGUGUAGAGAGCAAGCCCUCUGCUCAGACCCGAUGCACAGCCCAGGUCCGCUGAAGUGCCCAUGCAUCACCGCUUGCUUCCUACAGCAAGAAAGGAAUGAUUGGCAUCCUGAAACUGGGGUAAUCCUUGAACUCUCUUACAUAAGUGCAGUGUUUGUCCUUUGCCCAGAUUGUCAUCUGAAUGAAGCCAACCAGGGUGAAUAAUCCCACUGUAGCAAAAACAACCAAAAAAAAGAAGAAGGAAGGGAGGGAGGGAGGGAGGAAGAGAGAA